CUUCUUUUUUUUCCUUUUUUUUUUUUUGUAAUCGGAGAUUGAUACAUGAACAUGUUUUUUGUGAUGAUGAGCAUUGAGUGAAAUCUAUUAUAUAUAUAUUGCUGCAACAAGGACUUUGAUGAGCCAAAAAAUUCAUUACUUGCUGUUGCUGGGGGAAUUCCUGCGGACAUGCGUCAGAUUUGUGGACAAACAGAUUUGGUGUGUGGCAGCUGGUAUUGGUUUACACGAGCUUCAUCCUUUUGUGUUGUGUUAGGAAUCGCUGCUUGCCAAGUAAACUAAAGGGCGUAUUCAAUAUUCAAGAAUAUGUACCAAUAGUUAUGUUUUCUCUGUGUUGGUUGCUCGGGGUGGAGGAUAUGCAGAGGACGAUGCUAAAACCAUUAUUGUGCAGAUACUAGGAGUGGUUGCCUUCGGUCAUCUACAAGGUGUUGUGCACCGUGAUCUGAAAUCGGAGAACUUUCUUUUCGCAGCAAAAGACGGGGAUGCCCCAUUGAAGAUCAUAGAUUUUGGGCCUAUCUCAUUUCAGCAGGCCAGAUGAACACCUCAAUGAUAUUGUUGACAGUGCAUACUAUGUCGCGCCUGAAGUGCUCCACAGAUCAUAUAGCAUUGAAGCUGAUAUUUGGAGUAUAGGUGUCAUAGCAUAUAUGCUCUUAUGUACCAUCUGCCGAGGCAACUAGGCAGAGAACAAGUUAAUUAUGGUACUCUUCAUACCGGUGAUCGAUUAGCUGAGUUUCGUACAAAACCUUUAUUUCAUCCAGGAGUGGCGCUGAUUAUAGACGGAUAAGACUUGAGCCUAGAGCCCUAAUGUUUAAGGCCCUCAAAAUUUUGAACCGUUAGUAUGUAAAUGCAUGAAUUAUACAGAAUAUAUGCAGACCAGGGCCUGAAAUCUGAUUUUGACUAUGACCCUUCAAAUCUCUGGCCCUGAUUUCAGGGGCAUGUUGUAGAUGAGAGCUAACUUGGGUCUCUUCUACUAUGUUUUUCCCCAGUUAGUUAAUUACCUCUUGCUAUAUUAAUUUGAUAAGUUUCUAUCUUUUUUGGAAGUUGACUAUAAACUUAUAUGGAAAGUCAUAUUAUCUAUAGUCCCUGUUAGUUUUCAGAACAGAAGAGUCUUGUGCAUGAAGUAAAAAAUACUGCGACCAAACUGCUCUUCCAUGGUUAUAGGCAUCCUCUUUGUUUCUCUUAAUUAAGUUAUUCUCAUUUUAUAUAAUUUUGUGUUCAUAGUUAUGUUCAAAUUUCUAAUAUCUGUUGCGACCAACAACCCAAAUAGUCAGUAAGAUAUUUCCAACACAAGGGACCUAGCCAACCAAAGAGACUUCUGCUGGAACCACUGAACAGCUGUAAAACACAUUUAGCAUAUUGUCAAAGUGCAUGAUAAAUUGUCAGGAAACUGCACUGCAACUGCAGUAGCAUUAGUAGAAUAUAUAGUAGUACUAGAAGUAAGGGUACUAUAGUCAUUCUGUGUUGAUGAGUAUGCAAGUCUGUUAUGUUAGUAGCUAUAUGUACUGGUGUAAUGUUCAUUUUGCAGAUAUGAUAUGAAAAUUGGCUUCUGCCUCCAAAACCUCUCUCUCUCUGCUUCUCUCUCUAUAACUGCUUUCUCUCUCUAGAAUUCUCUUCUCUUCUCAUCUAAACUCUGUUUCUCACCUCUAUUUCUCUCUAUUCUCAUCUCAAUUCUCUGCUGUUACUCUAUUUCUGCAUUUAUAUAUACAGAAAACACCAAACAAAGUCCCAAACUAGGUCAGGAAAGUACCAGAUCCUGACAAAUUGGUAUCAGAGCUGUAAAUUUCGAUCAACUACUGCUUCCAUAUCACUGUGCUGUUAAAGGCGAGCUGUGCGGUUGUAGAAUCACAGGAAUCGCAGGUGUAGUUUGGAAGUUGAAAUCAGACAGGUCAGGUACUCUGUUUUCUUAACUGUUCUCAUCAGAUCUGUGAUUGUGAGGUUGUUUCUGUGAAUUUGGAGUGAAGUUCAGUUGAUUGUGGAUAGAUUACAGUAAUAGUUAGUUGCUAUAGCUUAUUACAACAGAAAAGUACAAAAGAAUUGUUGUGAGAGGUUUGACUAUUAAUUCUGGUGUGUGCUGUAGUUUAGUGCUAGUAAUCAGGUGUUUGAGUAAUUGUCUGAGUGAACUACAGGUAGUUGUAGUUACUGAUAUUGAAGGAAUAAGAAAGUAUGACUAUUAGCACUAGAAGUAGUAGCAAACAAGUUGAGACUUCUGAUCAAGGCACAAGGAGAAUGAAUCAACAACAAUUUCAUGGAUUUCUGGAAGGAUAUGACCAGAAGUUUGAAAAAAUGCAAGAACAGAUUGGAUUAUUGAUGCAGCAACUGACUGGAGCUAUGAGUAUUCAAGGAGAUGAGGAUGAAAAUGUUGUGGUAAUUGAAGAAGAAAUGGAUGAGGAAGCUGAUCUAACCUUGCAGUCAAAAGGAAUGUUUAGAGAUCCUGAUCAUGCUGCUAAGCUGAGGCAGAAACAGAUGAAGGCAAAGCCUUCAAGGAAGAAUGAUGACUUAAAUAAUGGAGGAGUGGAAGUCAAUCAUGAAGGGACAGUUGAUUCUCAUAGUUUGAAGCAUCUAAAGUUGACAUUUCCAUCUCUCAAAGAGGGAGGAGAUGCUGUAGAGUGGUUAAGGGAUUGUGAGGAAUAUUUUACUAUUUUUGAAGUCAGUGACUACAGAAGAUCAGCCAUUGCAGCAAUGCACAUGAGUGGAACUCCAAGGUACUGGUACAAGUCCUUUAUGGUGGGAAGAGACAAAGUCACUUGGCAGCAGUUUACACAGGCCUUCCUUGCCAGAUUUGGAGAGCUAGAGACAGAGUUGGUGUUUGACAAGUUUAAGAAAUUGCAACAGACCACUACUGUGGAGGAUUACUUUGAUGAGUUUGAGAAAAGCAGAGGACAGUUGCUAAGCAAAAUACCUAGCUUAACUCCAGAAUAUUUCCUGGAAAAUUUUAUUGGAGGACUUCAGGCUGAGGUGAGAGGGAUGAUAAGACUGUUGGAGCCCUCAACAUUGGAGCAGGCUUUUAAUCAGGCCAACCAAGUUAAGAAAGGAAACACUUACAAGGGCAACUUCAGCUCCCAAGUAGUAACUAGACAGGUUCCUGAAUCAACUAAUGUUAACACCAACAAGUCUACAUUAGCUGUCCCAGUUAAAGGAACAGAGGUUGUGAGUGCCAAACCCAGGCCUCUGACUUAUAGUCAAAGAGAGGAAAGGAGAAAAAAAGGCUUGUGUUUCUACUGUGAUGAGAAAUUUGUGAAGGGACAUGAAUGCAAAAAACCACAAAAUUUCUUAAUGAUUGCAGAAGUUAAAGAGGUAGAAGUUUAUGAAGAAGCACCUGUUUUUGAUGAAGAUCCUAAUGAAGAUCAGUGUGAUUGGCAAGAGCAGAAGGUAGUGCUAGCUGCUCUGGGCAUUCAAGAGGUGCAAAAAGGAGGACCAAUGCAUUUCUCAUGUAAUUGGUGUGAAAGGAAUUAUCAGGUUCUAAUAGAUGGGGGAAGUUCUUUGAAUCUGAUUUCUUUAGAUUUUUGUAAAGAAUUGGGCUUACAGGUCCAGGCACAUAAGCCUGUAGUCAUGAUUUUGCCAAAUGGGGCAGAAUUCACUAGUACAGCUGUGUGUCCUACAUUUAAGCUGAAAUGGCAGGAGGUUGAGAUGGAGAUUCAGGCUUUUGUAGCUGAAUUGAAGGAUUGGCACCUUAUUCUGGGAAUUGAAUGGCUUUACCAGUUGGGGAAUAUCAAGUGCAAUUAUCAGGACAGCACUAUGCAUUUCAGCUGGAAAGGAAAAGAAGUAAUGAUCUCUCCAAAAGAUCACUUUGAGAUAGUGGCCUACUGUCACCAGCUAUCUGAGGUGGUACCUAAGUGGAUGAGUCAGAUUGAGAAUAGCUAUGAAGGGGACAGUGAAAUUCAAGAAAUUGUGGCUGCAAUUACUGUGGAUAAAGGAGGUCCCCAAGAAUAUUAUUUCAGACAAGGAUUGUUGAUGUUCAGGGGCAAAUGGGUAUUGGGAAGUAAAGGAGACCUAAGACAACAAGUUUUUGAGGAAUUGCAUUGUCACAGUCAAGGGGGACAUUCUGGUGUGAGGGCUACUAUUAAGAAGGUGAUGGAAUACUUCUAUUGGCCCUCAAUCAGACAGAACAUAGGGCAGUGGGUUAGGGAAUGUGCUAUCUGCCAGCAGAAUAAAGGGGAGAAUGUUAAGUACCCUGGCCUGUUGCAACCACUGAGGAUUCCACAGGAGCCCUGGAGAGACAUUGCUAUGGACUUUAUCACUGGCUUACCUAAGUCCAAAGGGAAUGAAGUAAUUUGGGUGGUAGUGGACAGGUUUAGCAGGUACAGUCACUUCAUUGCUCUAGCUCAUCCUGUUUCUGCUAAAAGCUUAGCUUUGAUAUUCUUUGAGCAAAUCUACAAACUUCAUGGGCUGCCUGAAACUAUUGUAAGUGAUAGAGACAGUUUGUUUCUUAGUGAGUUUUGGCAAAACUUGUUCAAACUAUCUGGAACCAGGCUGAACUUCAGUACAGCCUAUCAUCCUCAAUCUGAUGGGAGUACAGAAAGGGUGAACCAAUGCCUGGAGCAAUACCUGAGGAAUAUGACAAGUGAGGUGCCCAAGAAUUGGUCAGCUUGGCUUGCUGCAGCAGAAUGGUGGUACAAUACCACAUUCCAUACUACUUUGAACUCAACUCCUUUCCAAGUUGUAUAUGGAAUGAAGCCUAGACACCUAGCUUGGCAAGAAAGGUCACAUACCAACAUAAGUAGUUUAGAGGAAUUGUUGGAGACUAAGCAGCAACAAUGGUGUAGAUUGAAGGAAUUGUUGGAGAGUGCUCAAGCUAAAAUGAAAGCUUAUUCUGAUGCAAAGAGAUCUGCUAGGGAAUUUAAAAAGGGGGAUCUGGUGUAUUUGAAACUACAGCCCUAUAGACAAGUAACUGUGGCAAUCAGGAAGAAUCUGAAAUUAGCUGCUAAAUUCUAUGGUCCAUAUGAGGUGAUUGAGAAAAUUGGCUCUGUGGCUUAUAGGUUGGCUCUUCCAGAAAGAUCUAGAGUUCAUCCUGUCUUUCAUGUUUCUCAACUGAAAAAAGCUAUUGGUCAAGCUAAAGUUCAGAAGCAGCUGCCACAAGUCAAUGAGCAGGGGUCAUUUGAUUUGGUACCUCUAAGGCAACUGGAGACUAGGAGCAUUUUAAGAGACCAUAAGAUGGUAUACCAAAGGCUGGUGCAGUGGAAAGGCUGUAGUGUGGAUGAAGCCACCUGGGAAGAUGAAGAUUUACUGAAGUGUAACUUUCCUGAAUUUUGUGGCCAUGAGGACAUGGGCUGAUUGAAGGAAGGGGGAAUGUCAGGAAACUGCACUGCAACUGCAGUAGCAUUAGUAGAAUAUAUAGUAGUACUAGAAGUAAGGGUACUAUAGUCAUUCUGUGUUGAUGAGUAUGCAAGUCUGUUAUGUUAGUAGCUAUAUGUACUGGUGUAAUGUUCAUUUUGCAGAUAUGAUAUGAAAAUUGGCUUUUGCCUCCAAAACCUCUCUCUCUCUGCUUCUCUCUCUAUAACUGCUUUCUCUCUCUAGAAUUCUCUUCUCUUCUCAUCUAAACUCUGUUUCUCACCUCUAUUUCUCUCUAUUCUCAUCUCAAUUCUCUGCUGUUACUCUAUUUCUGCAUUUAUAUAUACAGAAAACACCAAACAAAGUCCCAAACUAGGUUAGGAAAGUACCAGAUCCUGACAUAAAUACACAAAUUUAAUAGACAAAUUACACAAAUUUAAUAGACGAGCCUCCUAGAUUGAAAUCUAAUAGACAAAUUUCAAUCUAAUAAUAUAAUGGCUACUUUAGCAAGAAGUUUUCAGUUGCAGCAUGAAAGAUCAUAUAUAGUUCUUGAUGCAGGACAAGGGUAGAAAGGGGGUAAAAAGAGGAGUUAAUACCUACCUCACAUCGAAACAUGUGAUAAAAAUUUAAAGCUAAUUUUCAACGCAUGGCCUAUAUAAGAAUAAAAACGAACUUACUUCAAACUCAUCACAAAGUAUCGUUAUCUCUAUUAAAUUAUAUUACCAAAUUCAAAACAAAGAGCAUAUAUACCUCACACUCAGGCAAUUCUUGAACUAAAGAUUCCUUGACUGGAUCGAAAUUGGCUGGACCGAAUGCAACAACUAGGGAAGUGGUGGCAGAUUGUUCAAUGUUUGUUUGAAUCUUGAUAUAUGUGGUCUUUAUUUCGGUUUCAAAACAGUACUGUUAUCAUUCUCACAAUUCAAAAUUUUAGGAUUAGAUCCAGAAAUUGACACGGGCUGGGGGACCUGCAAGCAUGGAAGUGUGAUCCAUACUCUUCCGGAGGAUCCAGCUACAGGAGAACCGGGAUCUUUUUAUACAAAAACAUUUGUCUGUUGACAAUAAAUUUGCAAUUAUCUUACAAAAUUCAUCACAUAGAUUUAUAAGAACAAUAUAUUAGCAAGUCCACAAAAGCUUUUGCUUCUAACAUAUAAGUUGCUAGAGUUUUAGAUAGUAUAUUAGGAUUUGGAGUACUUUAGUGUAAGGUGUUUAGUUGAAGCAUCAAAUCAGAUAUAGUUCUUGAUGCAGGACAAGGGUAGAAUUGUGAACUUUAGCCAACAUGUAUUUGAUUCCCUAAGAAGAAGGAUACAUCCGUUUCUUUUCUUUAACUUUUAACGGGGUUGUAAUUGUGUUUUAUAUUCUAACCAUGAACAUUUGUUC